AUGAAUACCUCGCAGCCCGGCGCUACCGCCGCGGCAGCCGAGACGAGGGUCGCCCUGGCCGCGCUCGACGCGGCGCUGGCCGAGCUGGGUGCGCGCCCGCUGCGCGACUUUGUGCCCGAGCUCGACGGCUCGCCGGCGUCGACGGCGAGCCCCGUGCAGUUCGGCGAGCCCUUCAUGCCGUCGCCUGCCGUCUCAACCACUGCGCUGCCCGUCGUGCCCAGCCUGUCUGCCUCGGCGCGCGCAAGCCCGGCCGCCGCAGCGCGCACGCCGCCGCUGCCGGCCGUCAGCGCCUUUGCUUCGGCAGCCGUGCUCGCGGCGGGCGGCACGCCGCCAGGUCGCUCGUCCGUCAGCAUGCUCAACGAGUACGCACAGAAGCGGCGCGUGGCGCAGCCAGUCUACUCCGCCACGUCGAAGCAGCUCUCGCCUGGUCCCAAUGGGCUCUUCCACUAUGCCGCGUGCGAGGUUGCCGGCCAGCGCUUCGAAGGACGCGAGGGACUUCUGCGCAAGCAGAACGCCAAGGAAGCCGCUGCGCAUCUCGCACUGCAACACCUCACCAAGCUCUGA